CCUAGGCGUGGCUUUGGCUGAACUCGUUGGGAAAAAAGACGGGUUCCUUUCAGGAAAAAUGGCAGCUGUUGACUUCGACAUGCAGACGGAACUAGAGCCACAAAUAAUUAUUGACGCCGACAUGGAGAGGGAGGCUGAGGGCUUCAAAGAUCAAGGAAAUGCUUUCUACGUCAAGAAGGAUUAUUCUGAGGCAUUUAACUACUACACAAAGGCCAUUGAUGCAUGUCCUAAAAACGCCAGUUACUAUGGAAACCGGGCGGCCACUCUCAUGAUGCUGUGCCGCUUCCGAGAGGCCCUGGUGGACUCCCAACGGGCUGUGCGGCUGGACGACUGUUUCAUGAAGGGCCAUCUGCGAGAGGGCAAGUGUCACUUGUCUCUGGGCAACGCCAUGGCAGCCAGCCGCUGCUUUCAGAAGGUCCUGGAACUGGAGCCCAGCAACAGCCAGGCGCAGCAGGAGCACAAAAAUGCCACAGCAGUACUGGAGUACGAACGAAUGGCAGAACUUGACUUCGAAAAGAGGGAUUUCAGAAAGGUGGUGUAUUCUAUGGACAAGGCCCUGGGAUUGGCGUCCACCUGUCAUCGCUUCAAAAUCCUAAAGGCUGAGUGUUUGGCCCUACUGGGUCGCUACCUAGAAGCCCAGUCUGUGGCCAGCGAUAUAUUGAGGAUGGACUCGACUAACGGAGACGCUCUGUACGUGCGAGGCCUGUGUCUGUACUACGAGGACUGCAUCGACAAAGCUGUGCAGUUCUUCGUGCAAGCACUGCGCAUGGCCCCAGACCACGAGAAGUCUCGGCUAGCUUGCAGAAAUGCCAAAGCUUUGAAAGCCAAGAAGGAGGAGGGAAACAAAGUGUUCAAGAACAGCAACUUUGAGGCAGCCUACCGGCUCUACUCGGAGGCCCUGGCGAUAGACCCCAACAACAUCAAAACCAACGCCAAGCUCUACUGCAACAGAGGCACCGUCGGGGCUAAGCUGAAUAAACCUGAUCAAGCAAUCGAAGAUUGCACAAGUGCAAUAAAGUUGGACGACACAUAUAUCAAGGCCUAUUUGAGACGAGCCCAGUGUUAUAUGGACAUCGAACAGUAUGAAGAAGCUGUACGGGACUAUGAAAAGGUCUACCAGACAGAGAAGACUAAAGAACACAAGCAUCUCUUGAAGACUGCUCAGUUGGAACUGAAAAAGAGCAAGCGGAAAGAUUACUACAAGGUUCUGGGGGUGGGAAAGAAUGCCACAGAAGAUGAGAUUAAGAAGGCCUAUCGGAAACGGGCCCUUAUGCACCACCCAGAUCGUCACAGUGCGGCCACGCCAGAGGUACAGAAGGAGGAGGAAAAGAAGUUUAAAGAGAUGGGCGAAGCCUUCACUGUGCUCUCUGACCCCAAGAAGAAGACUCGCUAUGACUGCGGCCAUGACCUGGAGGAGGACAGCAAUAAUAUGGGAGAUUUCAAUGCCAACAACAUCUUCAAGACCUUCUUUGGAGGCCCAGCAGGAGGAUUCAGUUUUGAAUCCAAUCACAACCAAGCACCUGGAAAUGUAUUUUUCCAGUUUGGCUAGAAAUGAAGAAUGCCAUUGGGAAUGCUGUAGCCCUGUGGUGGACAAUAUUAAAUCGGACGCACCCUCACAACCUGAUUUUUAUGCUCCCAUAGUUUUUGCAAAAUGUUGCUUUCACAUGCUAAAAAGACACUCAGUGUUGUUAUCUGAGCGAGAGAGAUGGUGCUCAUCAUGCUUGGCAUCUUCCUAAAAUCUUUUUGGCUGUUACCACCACAUUUGACAAUAUCCUCUUCAAAUUCAAACUGACAAGGGCGACUUUUUGGUAGGUUUAGUAACUAAGAACGUAGCAAAUUAAAUAGGUUAAAGGUUUUUUGACAAGGGGGAUUCGGAAAAACUUGAAUCCUCAGGAAAUUGUCUUGAUUCUCUUUUGUGAGUAUUUGUCGCAAAGCAUGUUUUGAAGGCAUGAAAUAGGAGUACUGUUGCCAAAAUAUACAUUUCAUUUCUUGAAUGGAAAAUGUUUGCUGUACCUGGAGCAAGUAGAGCUUUGUAAAUGAACACAUGGGAGUGCAACUCCGUUGUUAGUUUUAGUAGGUCGCAUGAUUUUUUCAUUCACGCCACAGAGGUCGCCCGGAAACACAAAGUUAGCAUGGGAAUAAUUUGGCGGUAAAGCAGAAACUGACCUUAGGGCAGAGCCUAGGAACUACUUCAGUCCCAUGUAGAAUGAGGCCUGUUUUCAUUUGUUGGAUUUUCCUGCAGACUCAAACUACAGUUUCAUGUUAGUCUCCAUUUUGCUCAUUGAUGCAUUGUGCAUUUUACUGGCAUGUUUUAAGUCUUAUUUUGUGCUCCUAAUUUGAUUUGAGAUUUUGUUCAGUUCUCUUAAAUGUAUUUAUUUAUUGUAUAUUCAAACUGUAUCCAUCUCAAUGACAGUGUUGGGGAUAUUCCAUUUGAUUUCUAAUGUUUUCUAUUGAAUCGGAUGUAAAAAAAAACAUAUCCUUGACCCACAUAUGUAAAGUUUUGACCUCUUAAUAGAUCUAUUUUUCUCCAUGUGGUUUUCUAGCAUUGCUUUGGCCCCAUAAUACGAUGCAUCCGGUUUCAACUCCCAAGUGAACAUUUGAAACUUCAGCAGCUAGUCUUGUAGAUCAGUUUCUAACUCUGGUCCAGGCGAAGUACAUGUUCCUCUACAAACUAGUAGAGGAACUGUGUAGCAGAUGGACCAGAGCUAGUCAGUCCCUCACAUAAGUGGUGCCUUAGAUGUUGACUAGACUGGACACGCUUGCGUGCAAAUGUUAAUUUUGUCCCAUCUUUUUAUUUUUAUUGAACCUAUAUUUAACUAGGCAAGUCAGUUAAGAACAAAUUCUUAUUUACAAUUAUGGCCUAGGAACAGGCCAGGGGCAGAAUGACAGAUUUUUACCUUGUCAGCUCUGGGAUUUGAUCUAGCAACCUUUCGAUUACUGGCCCAACGCUCUAACCGCUAGGCUACCUGCAGACAUGAUCAGGACACGCAGGUUGAAAUAUCAAAACGAACUCUGAACUAACUAUAUUACUUUGGGGAGAGGUCGAAACACAUGAAAAAUGUAGCUAGCUACCUUGCUGUUGCUAGCUAAUUUGUCCUGGGAUAUAAACAUUAGGUCCUUUCUUUCUGGAUCUUUGUAGAAUUUGGGCCAAUUUGAGUCACACGUGUGUGUUCUCUUCUCUGUCAAUCCACAUAUAGGAGUGGAAACCUUGGUGGUUUCUAGUAAUCUCUCCUUUAGUUUUGUUCCUUCUUCUGUGAACUUUAUAUGGCAGUUGGUGACUAACUUUAAGAUGCAUUACCACCAACUGGAGUGGGAACCUCAGUUCAUCCUUCAAUCACCCAUGUGGGUAUAUUCUCCUGAAAACUAAUGAGGAGAUUGGAGAGGUGGGAUUUGCAGCGUGUCACGAGUAAAAAAUAGAACGGUCUUCUAUUUUAGCGCCUAGCUACUCAGACGCUCGUUGACACGCACAAGUUGUUUGGAUGAAAUGAUUGAAUAAUGUAUGUACAUUUAUUUUGCAAUAAUGACCCUACUGACUGACGUUGCUUAAACACAAAGGUUGAGAAACUCUCUUGUAAAGUGUGCUAACUAAAGUCACCUAUUUUAAUUGUAAUUUUACUUUGAAGAUGUUUAAAUUUAAAGUCUGGCCAGUCUAGGCAAUGGGAUCUUGAAAGAAGAUACUUGACAAAAAAAACAGAUCCCUUUUUUGCACCUAGAAUCAGCUCUCAUUGAGAGGCUUUUAUUCUGCUUUUGGGGAUUGUCAUCAUGCCUUGUAUCUGUCAUGAACGUUUGGUCAGUAUGUCCCUCUCAAUCUGUGUGCUUCUCACCCGUGUGCCAGGUGGUAGGUUGAAAACGUGAACAGAAACGCUACAUUUUCAUGAUCCUAGUACCUGUGUACCAUUUUUUAUUUUUUAGAAUAUGCCUCUGUACAAUGUUUUGGUUGAAGGAAAUAAAAAUGAAUCUUUUCCCCUUA